UUGACGGAAGGACGGAAGAUUUCGGUGCGGGUAGUUUUCCCCCAAAAAAGGAAAACCAUUCCACUUAUCUUCUUCAAUCCUUGACUGGCCAGCACGACUACCUUAUCGCCAGCAGCUGAGCUUACCUAUUCGGAUUGAGUUUUUAGGAAGAAAGAGGACAACGAUCGUGGCUAAACAAUUAUUAGAACGAAUCUCCUCGAACGGAAUCCUAUUCAUCGGUUACUUUUAUGACAAGUUGGAAAGGAGGGGAAGUAAGAAGUAUGGCUUCUCGAGGUGGAGGAUUAGGAGGUCGUGGUCGAGGCCAGCCGGAUAAUCUCGGUCAAGGACGAGGAUAUCGCCCCCCUGGUGGGCGUGGAAGAGGUCGAACUGACAGGAUAUUUAACGGUCAUGACAAUAGGAAUAACCCUGAAUCCUUCUCCAACGGCUACAACACCAGUAAUCACCAACAACAGGAAGAGGAGCAACCCCCACUCGCAAACUUUUUCAAUUUUGCCUCAAAGCCAUUGCCAGUCAUCCCUCAGCCUCCUUGCCGCUGGACAACGACCACGCCGAGUUCUGCCGCUUCUACGCUUGUGGAUGACAGUAAUUGGAACGCCACAAAGUUACCGGAAUUCACUAACGAUGACAACAAAAACUAUGUCGAACGUUAUCAACAGGAGGCAGAAGCAAGUUUGGCUAGACUAAAGUUGCACUCUAAAUCGAAAGAGGAUGAGUAUGGAGCGCCAUCAAUAAUUGGCACAAUUGCUGGAGAUAGAAGAUUUGGUGAUGAUGACUCUGAAGAAGAUGGUGUCUAUUGGAAGUUCAAGAUGGAUGAUAAAUAUGUGGACACUUCAGGAUUGGUCAUCAACCAAUAUGAAGACAAGAUUACAUCAAUGCUGGAAUCUAACCAAGUUCUGAUCGUCGAAGGGUUCACAGGAUGUGGAAAGACGACCCAAGUUCCACAGUUUAUUCUCAAUCACGCAUCCAGAACAAAACGUCACACAAGAAUUGUAGUUACGCAGCCGAGAAGAAUUGCUGCAAUUUCUGUUGCUAAUCGUGUGUGUGAAGAAAGGGGGUGGACACUCGGGUCUCUCGUUGGUUAUCAAGUUGGGAUGGAUCGUAAACUCACUGAUGAUACUCGAAUAGUUUACAUGACCACCGGUGUGCUCUUGCAACUUUUGAUUAACAAAAAGAGGCUAACGGACUACACCCACAUUAUUAUUGACGAGGUGCACGAGCGAGACUUGGAUACUGACUUGUUACUUCUCGUGAUCAAGAAGAUCAUCAUUGAUAGACGAGAUUCAAACACCAAGAUCAUAUUAAUGUCUGCCACGUUGGAUACUGAAAAGUUUCUCAAGUAUUAUCCAGUAUUCGGAGCAGCAGAUCGACAAAAAGGCACUUCAGUGGUAUCAGUAGACCAACCGUCUGCGUUUGCAGUAAAAGAAUUGUAUUUGGAUCAACUGGCAUCACGCCAUGGUUUUGAAGGAUUUGAAGUUGAUGGUACAGAGGAGCCCAAGGUUUAUGCAGAAUGCUACGAACUUGCCUGUAGCAUAAUCAAUGGUUUAGAUUAUCAUGAAUAUGAAGAGGACUGCAAACUCAGGAAAACUCCACUUAAUUUCAUGACGGAAGCUGAGAAAGGAGUGUUUACAGCGUCCGAGUUUUAUGCAAAAAUUCAUCGUAAUGCACCUUCAAGGGGCGCAGUGUUGGUAUUUUUGCCUGGAUAUGUAGAAAUUGACACGCUGUACAAACAACUCGUUGAAUUGAGUGUUGUGAAAGCCGGUAAUUUUAACAAGCCAGAUGUUGCAAAAUGGACAAUCUAUCCACUUCAUUCAUCAGUCACUGCUGAAGAACAAUACAAGGUAUUCAAAAGCGCUCCACCGGGUUUCAGAAAGAUAAUUUUAGCCACAAACAUUGCCGAGAGUUCCAUCACUGUUCCUGAUAUUAAAUAUGUGAUUGACUUUUGUUUAACAAAAUCACUAUCUUGCGACCCUACCACAAAUUUCUCCUGUUUGCGAUUGGAAUGGGCAUCAAGAAAUCAAUGCAUUCAACGUCGUGGAAGAUGUGGUCGAGUUGCACCAGGAAUUUGUUACCGUUUAAUUUCGUACCCAUUUUAUAGAGAUUUAAUGCCUCAAGAAGCCCUUCCCGAAAUGGAGAAGGCAAGCUUGGAAACCGUAAUUCUGAAUGUCAAGCAGUUAGAAAUGGGUUGUCCUUUAGAGGUCUUGUCCUAUGCAAUUGAUCCACCGAAACAAUCUGGAAUAGGCCGAGCAGUUUCCAAUCUGAAAGAGGUGGGGGCACUGACACUCAAUGCUAAUGGGAAAUAUGAUGCAUAUGACGGAGACAUGACUUACAUGGGCUCCGUGAUGGCUCGACUUCCCCUUGACUUUCGUCUUGGAAGGUUAAUUGUACUUGGGCAUGUUUUGGGAUGCCUCGAUGAUGCAAUAAUAAUCGCGGCCGGGUUAAAUACUAAAAGUCCCUUUAGUCAUCCUUACACAAAAAGACUGGAUUCGUGGCUAUCUAAAUUUGGCUGGUGUAAUCGGACUUACUCUGACUGUUUCUCUCUGUUGAACGCCUUUUACGCUUGGUUUACAAACCACAGAGAUCGCAUUUUCCGGGGCGAAAGUGAGGAAAGGAAUUGGUCGCGUACAUACUAUCUUCAGUUAACUGUUCUUCGAGAGAUUGGAAGAACUGUGGAAGAAAUAAAGAAAAGACUUGCAAACAUUGGAAUUGUAUCAGAUUCUCGCGCCCUUCCAACUCUUGAACGAGGGUUUAUUUUGAAGUUGCUGAUUGCUGGAGCAUUUUACCCAAAUUACUUUUUACGACCCCGUCCGGUCGGGAAAGAGUAUCAGCGCGAUAUAGUGAGAGAUGUAGGUGGAUACAAUCCUUUGAACUCUGUCACUUUCUUGGGAUUUCCAAUCGACCAACCUGGCAAAUUAUAUGCCAAACAUAUUGCGGACAAGAUGACUUAUACUAACUGCAUUCCUCAUAUUAACUUCAAAUCAUCUAAAGUCAUUGUCACCUUUGACCCACGAGGUGAUAAACAUGGUUCAAUAAGCUCUGGGGUAUACAGAGCUAUAAAAAUUCGCAUGUUAAGAGAUCGAGUUGUCUUUUGUACUCUACCGCGAGAAGAUUCAAAAAGAGCUGUGGACAACGCUGCCUGCUAUGCAGCAGAUCAACAUAUUCAAGAGGCGCCCAAAUUUGAUGGUCUACCCAGUAUAAAAGAGAAUCAAUUUAUGUGCAUGAUUUGCCAUAUCAGCAAUACUGAAUCUCCUAAUGAAUUUUAUGUAACACGAAAGAGUGAUGAAGCUUGUCUCGCGCAAGUUAACGAAAUUUUAAAUGGUGAUGCGUGUGGAUACGCUACGCAAUUACGAGUUCUCUCCCCCUCUCAUCGCCAGCCUGGAGCUGUUUGCAUUAUCUUGAAAAGGAAGCGAUAUAUCCGCGGCCGAAUUGAGGCGUUAGCCGGGGACCAAGCACUGAUAUAUGGGAUUGACGUUGGAAUAACUACAUGGAGGAAUUCCCAGCUCCUGUUUAAAGUAACAGAUGAAAUGGUUAAUCGAGGCUUGCUCAAAAUUCCAGCUUUGGCUAUUCAUUGUCGCUUGAGUGAGCUGAGACCGUCUUGCAGACAUGGUCACGAUUGGGUGCAUCCGGCAUUUGCUGAUUUUUCGGCUUUUGUGGAAAAAUCCGGAAAUAAUUUCGAAUUUAAAGUGUACUCGGUGGUUGACGGUGUUGUAAUAGGGGAACUUUACAGUCCUAAGCUUGAUGACACCAUCAACAAUUUGUUUUUAAGAAAAACAUACUUGGAAAAAACAUCUGAAUGUCAAGAUUCUAAGGAGAAUGCCCAAUACCGUCAGUUGUGUCACUCUCUGAGAUAUGAAGAAGCAAUGAUUGAUUCAAUCGAUAAGAAGCAGAACUGCUCAUGGGAACCGACGCGUUACGUCUUUCCACCAAAAUUGAAUGCCGAAACAGGAAGCGAAGUUACUUUAAGGGGCCCCACGUCUCCUUUGGAAAUGCAGUUCACGUCACUCUGUCGUAGCGCACAUAUGAAAGUUGUUCAGGUUGAAGGAAGUAGUGUUAACUGUGUAGCUCUGGACACUGAUCCAUUUAAUCCUAGCUCUCGUGUCAUGAUUGCAGCCAGUGUUGGAAUAGCCCAUCGCUCUGGAAAUAUUCUCGCAAGAGAGACGACAAUCAUGCCACCAGUUCCUGGUCUUCUUUCUUUAUUGACGAUGCUAUUCGCCCCCAAGAUUGAAUUCCGUUUAGAUCCAGACCAGACUCGCUACACGGGAUGUGUUAGUGGUCUCGGAACCGAUCCAUUGGAGACAAAUUCUGUGUAUCCUGAUCAUGACAUGGAAGUCAUUUUUGACGUGAAUAUCGACAAUGAAGACUUGGACCGUAUCAAUUCAAUUCGAACAAUGUGCAACAUGAUUCUUCGUCAGUACUCUGGGAAGCAUCAAAAUCUCGAAUCUCUCCAAGAAAGAAUUCGAUCCGAACUGACAUUGUUGUUACAACGUGAGCGAGAACCAAUUGAAGAAACAUGGCCAGAUCUAACCCAUGUUUGGAACCGCCUUCCAUACGAUGCGGAAUUGUAUAACCCUCCUGUAGAGUAUUCUGACAUGGUCAACGACGUAUUUUCUCUCCAUGUCGGCGUCUGUUUAAAAUCUCUUGGGGAUGGAGAACCAACUCCAGCUCGGAACGUUUUCAAAGCCUCUGCGGUGCCUCCGUAUUUUUAGGAAAAUCUCAAAUUAUGGAAUUAUGCUCCUUUCGUUUAAAGAUUUAGUUAUUUUAUAUCAUCAAUUUGUUGUUUCCAAUUAGUUUUAUUUUCCUAAACUUCGUAUAUAUGUGUAGAUCUACACAACAACUCUAUAGGAUUCUACAGUUGUAUGACAAGUACUGAUUAAUUAUAUAACAUAACCUGGUGGCUAAACUUGUUUACUUUGCCAAAAACUGAAUCCUGUGAUUGUCAUCAUUUUAAUUAAUUACUGAUUUGUUCAGAAUUUACCUCAUCAGCUAUGGAGCAGUGUGGUAGUAACUAUUAUUGUAAUACCUUUAAAAAAUGUAUAAGAAUAUAGAAUAGUAUUUUUUACUGUCAAUUAUCGUAACUGUAACCAGUACUUACGCUCCUAUCAGAAUUACCGCAAUUCCAUUAGAGACUGAUAAUCAAUAUCUACUAGUGUGCUACAAUUUUGGCAAAUGUUAGCCGAAAUUUAAUAUUUUUAAGUCAAUUUGUUGUAUUGAACACAUUACAACUUUAGAAAAUUACAUACUUUGAUAUCAGAAAAAAACA